UCUGUAGAUCAAAUAAUAGGGAACAGAGAUAAAAUUAACUGCAAGCAUGUGCACAGUUAUCCACCAUGGCCUUCAAGUGAAAGUUAAAUUUCUCGUCCUUUUCCUUUAAAUGAAGACGUAACCCUUUCAAGAAGGCAAGGCAUAGGAUUUAGUGAUUUCUAACAUGUGAUAAUAUUCAUACCCACCAAGUCUCGGGCUGGUCUCGAAUUUGGCAGUUAGUUGAGCCACAAUUCUAUAAGAAUGCUGGAAGUUCCCACCUAGUCUUUCCAUUCAAACAUUCCAAAUGGAACUUCAAUUCCUGAAGCAAGAGGAAAAGACAGGAAACCAUGAUUCUACUAGCCAGAACAACCAGCAUCAAAUCCUAGAGCUACCCAACUCCUUCAGCUCCAUUUCCCCAUCAAAUCGAUUUGUUUUAUCAUUCAACAACUUAACUUACAGCGUAAAAGCUGGCCCUAAAACAUUGUUUCCGUUUCAUGGAAGGACCGUGAUUGUUUCACCUGAGAGUAGCACCAAAACCAUCCUGAAAGAUGUAACGGGUGAAGCAAGAGAAGGGGAAAUCAUGGCUAUUCUUGGUGCAAGUGGGUCGGGCAAGUCGACCCUGAUAGAUGCUCUUGCUAACGGGAUCGCGAAGCAAAGCCUGAAGGGGUCUGUCACUUUGAAUGGAGAAGUUUUGGAGUCAGGCCUAUUGAAGGUGAUCUCUGCCUAUGUCAUGCAAGAUGAUCUUUUGUUUCCAAUGCUAACCGUGGAAGAGACGCUUAUGUUUUCAGCUGAAUUCAGGCUCCCUCGUUCACUUUCAACGUCGAAGAAGAAAGCAAGAGUUCAAGCUUUGAUCGAUCAACUUGGAUUGAGAAGUGCAGCAAAGACUGUGAUUGGAGAUGAAGGGCAUAGAGGUGUCUCCGGAGGAGAACGACGGAGAGUUUCAAUUGGAAUUGAUAUAAUUCAUGAUCCAAUGCUCCUGUUUCUCGAUGAACCAACUUCAGGGCUAGACUCAACCAGUGCCUUCAUGGUUGUUAAGGUCUUGCAACGAAUUGCUCAGAGCGGGAGCAUUGUGAUCAUGUCCGUUCACCAACCAAGUUACAGAAUCUUAGGCUUGCUUGACAGAUUGAUAUUUUUAUCGCAAGGACAAACUCUGUACAGCGGUUCACCAGCAAAUCUGUCAGAGUUCUUUCGUGAUUUUGGGCACCCGAUUCCAGAGAAUGAAAAUCCAGCUGAGUUUGCCCUUGAUUUUAUUCGCGAACUUGAAGAAACUCCUUGUGAGUCCCAGAAUCUAGUCGAAUUUAACAAGUCAUGGCAGUCCGCAAAGAACCCAAGUAAUAACAUCUCCAAUAAGCCAAAUCUUUCACUUAAAGAUGCAAUAAACACAAGCAUUUCUAGAGGCAAGUUAGUCUCCCGAGCCACAAAUGAUUUAAAUCCAACAUCUUCAGUCUCAUCUUUCGCCAAUCCAUUUUGGAUAGAAGUGUUGGUAUUGCUCAAAAGAUUAUCAAUAAACUCAAGAAGAAUGCCUGAAGUAUUUGGUAUCCGGUUAGCUGCAAUAGUCAUCACUGGAAUUAUCGUCGCCUCAAUGUUUUGGCAACUUGAUGAUUCUCCCAGAGGCAUGCAAGAACGAUUAGGAUGCUUUGCUUUCGCUAUAUCCACAACUUUCUACACAUGUGCGCACGAAGUCCCAGAAUUCAUUCAAGAACGAUUCAUCUUCAUGAGAGAAACUGCGUUCAACGCUUACCGUCGUUCCUCAUAUGUUCUUGCUCGUUCCCUCAUCUCCCUCCCAUCGCUGAUCACCCUCUCUAUUGCUUUUGUUACCAUAACCUUUUGGACUGUAGGCCUUGCCGGUGGCUUCCCAGGGUUCGUCUUCCUUUUGCUUACAAUUUUUGCCUCAUUUUGGGCAGGAAGUUCCUUUGUAGCAUUUCUUUCAGCGUUGGUCUCCGAUGUUUUAGUAUCUUUCGUUGUUGUGGUUGCUACUUUGGCCUAUUUCACUCUCUUCAGUGGAUUCUUCGUUUCUCGUAAUCGACUCCCCGGAUACUGGCUGUGGUUCCAUUAUCUUUCCAUAGUGAAAUAUCCAUACGAAGCAGUGUUACUAAACGAAUUUCGCGAUCCGACGAAAUGUUUCACCAGAGGCGUCCAAAUCUUCGAUGACACCCCACUUGGGAAGCUGCCAGUUUCGUUGCCGAUUGAUCUAUUAAAGAAAGUAGGCAAUUCGUUGGGCACAAACAUCACAGGCUCAACCUGUCUAACAACAGGGAGGGAUAUCCUGUUGCAGCAAGGGGUUACUCAGUUAAACAAAUGGAACUGCUUCUGGAUUACCAUUGGAUGGGGUUUUUUCUUUAGGAUUCUGUUCUACUUAACUUUGUUGUUUGGAAGCAAGAAUAAAAGGAAGUAAGAUGAAUGGAUCCAUACCCAAGGCUGAGAUGUAUAGUCAGAGAGUACUAAAAUCAAUUAAUCAAACAAUAAAUCAUAG